CAGCCUGAAAGAUGGCGGCGGCGGUGACCUUCCUCAGGCUGCUGGGCCGGGGAGGCGAGGCGGCGCGGAGCCUGCCCGGGGCCGCCAGGUGCUUCGGGGUGCAAACCUCGCCGGCCGGGGAGAAGGUCACGCACACCGGCCAGGUUUAUGGCAAUACAGACUACAGGAAAGUUCGAUUUGUAGGUCGUCAGAAAGAGGUGAAUGAGAACUUUGCCAUCGACCUGAUAGCAGAGCAGCCUGUGAGCCAAGUUGGGAGUCGAGUGAUAUGGUGUGACGGUGCGGGGGGGGCCCUGGGCCACCCCAAAGUGUACAUAAACCUGGACAAGGAAACAAAGACGGGGACGUGUGGCUACUGUGGCCUGCAGUUCCGGCAGUCCCACCACUAG